AUGGCAGCUUAUGCAUGGUUGAAAUGUGAGAAGGAGGAAGACCUAGACUGCCUUGCUGUCCUCAGAAAUGCAGGUAUCAUUGGCCUAGCAGGUAGCUUAUUCAAGGCUGAAAGCCGCUAUUCUUCAAUCACAAUUGCCCUAGAGAAGUGUUCUUCAAGGAACUCAAAAUUGUUUUUUUUUUUUUUUUAUAUUCUGCAGGCUAAGGAUCAAAUUGGCAGCUUCUUCUACUUCCCUUCACUUGCAUUCCACAAGGCAGCAGGAGGGUUUGGUGGAAUCAAGAUCUUUAGCUGCCCAAGAAUUCCUGUUCCUUUUCCUAACCCAGCUGGGGAGCAUACAGUUCUGACUGGUGACUGGUUCAAGAAAAACCAGACAAUCUUAGACACUGGGAAUGGUAUGCCCAUUGCUGAUGGGCUUCUCAUCAAUGGCCGUGGUUGGAAUGGAUACACAUUCAACGUUGAUCAUGGUAAGACAUACAGGUUCAGGAUUUCAAGUGUGGGUCUUACCACAUCCAUCAACUUCAGAAAUCAGGUACACAACUUGAAGCUGAUAAAGGUGGAAGGGUCUCACACACUUCAGAACACCUACUCUUCCCUUGAUAUCCAUCUGGGCCAGUCUUACUCUGUUUUGGUUACUGCCGAUCAGCCUGUACAGGAUUACUACAUUGUUGUUUCUUCACGUUUCACCAACCCAGUUCUCACAACUACAACCAUUCUCCAUUACAGUAACUCAGUUAAAGGAGUUUCUGGUCCUCCUCCUGGUGGUCCAACAACUCAAAUCAAUUCGUCUCUCAACCAGACCAGAUCUAUCCGAUGGAAUUUGACUGCAAGUGGUUCAAGACCCAAUCCUCUAGGCUCUUAUCACUAUGGAUUGGUAAACACCGCCCGUACAAUCAAGCUUGCCAAUAAUGCAAACAUCGUUAAUGGCAAGCAGAGGUAUGCUGUUAAUGGUGUCUCCGUCUUUCCAGCAGACACACCAUUGAAACUAGCAGAUUACAAGAUCCCUGGCGUCUUCAAUUUUGGAAGCAUUCCCGAUAAACAUCCUGGUGACAGCAGAUGCGACCUUAAGACUUCUGUCAUGGCUGCAGAUUUCAGGGCUUAUGUUGAGAUUGUGUUUGAGGAUUGGACGGACACUGUACAAUCAUGGCACAUUGAUGGUUAUUCCUUUUUUGUAGUCAGUGGUAAGAUUCAGUUAAAAGCUUAA